UCCAACCCAUGCCUUCACUCAUAGCCAUACCCAUAUCCAUAACCUUCUUCUUCUUCUUCUUCACCUUCAUCAUAUCAUCAUCUCAUGCUUCAAGCUUCUCCAUCACAGACCAACAAAGCCCACAACACCUCAAGGCUCUAUACCAAGUGUGGCUAGCAAGGCAUGGCAAACACUACAACAACAAUGGAGGAGAAGGAAUCGAUAGAAAGAGGUUCGAGAUAUUCAAGGACAACUACAACUUCAUCCGCCAACAUAAUGCGCUUAACCGAACAUACAAGCUCGGCCUUAACCAAUUCGCCGACCUCACCAACGACGAGUUCAAGUCCAUCUACUUUGGCACUCGGACUGAUGCCAGGCGCCGAUUCACCAAGGCCAAGAUUGCCAGCCAAAAGUAUGCUGCUGUCAUGGCCAGGGCCAGGGACGACCUGCCGGAGUCCGUGGAUUGGAGGGAGCAUGGCGCGUUGCCUCCUGUCAAGAAUCAGGGCUCCUGCGGAAGUUGCUGGGCUUUCUCUACAGUGGCAGCAGUCGAAGCCAUAAACAAGAUAGUUACCGGAGAACUGAUCUCCCUAUCCGAGCAAGAACUGGUGGACUGCGACACAUCGGAAAACAGUGGAUGCGAUGGAGGCCUUAUGGACUAUGCCUUCCAAUUCAUUGUUUCCAAUGGUGGCAUGGACACAGAAGACGACUAUCCCUACAAGGGGACUGAUGGGAGAUGUGAUCCUACACGGAAGAAUGCAAAAGUAGUAAGCAUUGAUGGGUAUGAAGAUGUGCCUCAGGAUGAGAGAGCCUUGCAGAAGGCUGUCUCUCGUCAGCCCGUCAGCAUUGCCAUUGAAGCCUCCGGGAGAGCCUUUCAGCUCUACACAUCGGGUGUAUUUACGGGGGAAUGCGGCACAGAAUUGGAUCAUGGUGUGGUAGCCGUAGGAUACGGCUCGGAGAAUGGGGUGGACUACUGGAUAGUGAGGAACUCAUGGGGGACAGACUGGGGCGAGAACGGGUACCUGAGAUUGGAACGUAACCUCGCAGGUAGUAACACCGGGAAGUGUGGGAUUACAAUGGAAGCUUCCUAUCCUACGAAGAUCAGCAACAAUCCUGCAAAAUCAAACUCUGGUUAUGCAGCUGAAUAAGAUAUAGAAGAAACUUUCAGAUGAUUGCUGAUGAUGGAUGAGGGAUUCUCUUCAUAAUGAAGAUAAUGUGUACAUUCGCAUAUUCUAUGUUUCCAGCACUGGUGUUGGGAACACAAAUUUCAUUCAAAUGCAUUUUCAAGAUUUAAUUUUAUUUGAAUCCAAAUGUUAUUUUAUGAUA